GGCCAUUGUUUGCAGCGCGCGUUUCUGAAUGGAGCCGAUUUUGAAAGAACUUGGGAUGGGAUCUCUCCUAUCCCAUUUUAUUAAGGAAGAGAUAACCCCAGAAAUGGUGUCUUCAUUGACAGCCGACGACUGGUUAAAGAUGGGGGUUACCAUCGGAAAAAGAUUAAAAAUUAUUGAGAGGUGUAGAGCUUUUGUAGAAAAUGAAGAAAAAGGAGAAAUUGAAAGAGAAGUUUCAAAUAUAUUUAGAAGACGAGAGUCUGUGUCAUGCCGUGCAACAGAAGCAGGUUUGAUGGCCAAUAAAGCCAUUGAUAAAUUAAAGUGUAGUUUUGAAAGUGGUGUAAAAAGAAAGAAAGGCUUCCGUAAAGGCAGAGACAAAAUCAUCUCAGCCCCCAAAAAGUUUGCACCUGUGAAAGAAGAGCAGAAGCGUCUUAUUGCAUUAGCAUGUCCAGUAGACACAGAUGAUGAUGAUGACUAUGAUAGAAAAGUGACCGAAGACAAAAUAUUAUUUGAUGGAAUGAUGGUGUUUAAACAUGAUUUUAGUGAAUCUGAAAUCAGGGAGGAAAUAGUUGAGCAACUGAGAUUGAAAUGUAAUUCAUUUACAGAUUUUUCUUGUGUUGUUUCCUCUGAUUUUUCCUUCACACGUGUAAUUAACCGCAAAAUACGUACUAUUGAUGGACACCCAAAGCUAGAUGGUAAAGGUAUCACCAAAGUAUAUCCCACUGGCAGUGUGUAUGUGCAACUAAAGAAGGAUUUCAGGGUUUUCAGUAUAAACAGUGAUGAGGAAGAACAACCUGAUGGGAACAAAAAGAUGAAUGACGAGCAGAUAAAUGAGAUAGUGGAAAAAUUGUUGACAUUAAAUAGUGCAUUUCCAGAUAUGCCAAUAAUGAAGAUCAGGAAAUUACUUGAGGAUCAACGGGGAGACAUGGACAGAGUGGCAAAUUUCUUGUUAGAUGUGACAACCUCUGGUGAAGUUCCUGAUAUUGUAGUUUCUGAUGAUAGUGAUGAUGAUAUUGAUCACUAUGGGACAGUGAAUAUGAAACUUGCAGACUCGCCAGUGCUGCCAGCCAAGAUGGCUGCCAUCAGGGCGAGUCCUCCUCGUGGCAAUCCGUUUGCAGGAUUGACACGUAAACAUGCUAUAAAAUGUGAAUUUAUUGAUGGGAAAUUAGUGCAAGAUAACACACAUUAUGAUGUACCACGUCGGCGAUAUUUAUUACCAGUUCAUAAAGACGCAAAUGGUCCAAACUGUCAAUACCAGGCAUUCAGAGGAGCUAUGAAAUUCGCCAUGGCAGAGAACCGGACGUUGGUUGAAAUGUGGUUUCGUAAUCAUGGAUCAGCUGGUAGAGCUUACAGUGGAAGAAAGUUUGUCAACGAAACAUUUGAUGUUGAUAGCAUAAAACAGGUUGUUGAUUUGGUAUCUGUUGAGGAAUUUCGAAAAGCGUGUAAUGGAACUGUCGAUGGCAUUCUCAUAGAUCCAUUUAGCGUUCAUCUUCCAUUACUUUCAUACAUUGAAGAAUAUAAAAUACGCCGUAAUGCGUUUACUGCUGAAUAUGCAAUAACACUCCCAGGUAUCAAUUCAGUGCCAAGAACUCCCGAAGAGCAAAUCAGACAAUAUGAAAGAGCACGUACUGUGGAGUGUCUUGCAUAUUUCGAGCCAGAUAGACUGAGUCCAGUGAGAGUACCAGCUAAUAUUACGAGGCAGGUGGAUCUACAUCUUAUCAGAACUCCUCAAAUCAGAAAACUUGCUGAGAAGAUUUCAACUGAAAUCUGUAAUAAUAAACCCUUCAUCUGUAUGCACUGGAGAAACAGAUCAGGGGAAGUAGCCCAUUGUCCAUCUGUCACGCAGUGUGGGAAUUUGACAACUGUUAUAAAUGUGAACAAGACCGCUGUUGUGCUGGCUGAAGAUGUUAAAAAGUUGAUGUCUGAACGGAAACUAGAGUGCAUUUAUGUGGCAUUUCCGCCACUGGGAGAGAAAAUUGUGAAAAUCCUGAAGAAUGCACAAAUUCGCAAUGUUGUUACAAGAAAGGAUAUUACGGGUGACUCGUAUCCGGUAAAACUACCGGAAAAUGUGAGACUAGAUAACUAUCACACUGCACUACUUGAACAAGAAAUCUGUAUUCGUUCUCAUUUGUUUCUAUCUCACUAUUCAUCAUUGUCGAAGAUGAUACGAGACGCACGUGAUACACAGCCUGGAUUAGAGUACAUACAUCUGUCUCAUUUAGCCAGCUGGAAAGCUCCAGGAGUUGUAUUGAAGAGGCGGAAGUUAUAG